AUGGGAAAGGGACGUCGCAUGAAGAAGCAGGGGCCUCCUGCUCCCCUGGAUGAGUCCAAGAUUUCAAUUUUGAAGAAGCGCAAGGCCGCUGAGAGCGAGUCAGCUUCCAAAGCUGUCGCAGCGAAGAAGCGUCGGAGAUCCGACGCUGACGAGGAGGAUGUUGUGACGAAGGAUGCCUCUAAGAAGUCGAAGGUGAACGGUGCUGCCACCAAUGGUGCUGGAAAGGAUAAGAAGAAGAAGAAGGGCUCUUCAGAGAAGAAGAAGCCCGUGCCAAUGUCCGACUCCGAGGAUGAAGAAAUGGACGACGAGUUUGGUGACCUGGAUGAUGUUAGCGAGGGAUCAUUGGACAGUCAGGAGGAGCUCGAACGCUUGUCCGACUUGGAGGAUGAGGAGGAGGACGAUUCGGUCCUCGACUCUGACGAGGAUGAUCACCCCCGUCAGGCCAUGUUCUCCGACGACGAAGACCUUUCUGACGCUGAGGAACGAUUGACUGCUGCCAAUAUCGAGGGACUUUCUCGGAAAUUGGAUCUCCAGAAACAGGCAGAAGAGGAAGAGGCCGAGCAGGAAUUGCAAGAGUCUGCCAUGCAGACCAACAUUGCCGGUGACCGCCCCGAUGUCUUCACCGAUGAGACCCGUCCCGAUGGUCUUGCUCCGGAUUUGCAGCUCCUGCGCCAACGUAUCACAGACACCAUCCGCAUCCUGGGUGAUCUCAAGACCCUGGGACAGCCCGACAAGUCUCGCGCCGAGUACGUCGAUCUCCUCUUGAACGAUAUCUGCACCUACUACGGCUACACCCGAUACCUGGCCGAGAAGCUUUUCAACCUGUUCACACCCAUGGAGGCAUUCGCCUUUUUCGAAGCCAACGAGACACCGCGUCCAGUCGUUAUUCGUACCAACACCCUGCGAACCAACCGUCGGUCUCUCGCCCAGGCCCUGAUCAACCGUGGUGUCGUGCUUGAGCCCGUGGGUAAGUGGUCCAAGGUCGGCCUGCAGGUCUUCGAGUCCCCCGUGCCUCUGGGUGCCACCCCGGAGUACUUGGCUGGUCACUACAUUCUCCAAGCUGCAUCUUCUUUCCUGCCCGUCAUGGCUCUCGCUCCCCAGCCCGGUGAGCGUGUUCUCGAUAUGGCUGCCGCCCCCGGUGGUAAGACUACCUACAUGUCCGCUCUUAUGCGCAACACCGGCUGCGUCAUCGCCAACGAUGCCAGCAAGCCCCGUGCUAAGGGUUUGAUUGGUAAUAUUCACCGUCUCGGCUGUAAGAACACUAUCGUCACCAACAUGGAUGCCCGUACUGCCUUCCCCAAGGCCAUGGGUGGCUUCGACCGUGUCCUGCUGGACGCUCCUUGCACCGGUACUGGUGUUAUCUCCAAGGAUGCUGGUGUGAAGACCUCCAAGGAUGAGAACGAUUUCUUCCGCAUUCCUCACAUGCAACGACAGCUUCUUCUGGCUGCCAUUGACUCCGUCGAUCACGCUUCCAAGACUGGUGGUUACGUGGUCUACUCGACUUGCAGUGUUACCGUGGAGGAGAACGAGGCUGUUGUGCAGUAUAUCCUGCGCAAGCGGCCCAACGUCAAGAUUGUCGACACCGGCCUGGGCGACUUUGGUAGCCCCGGUUUCAUCAGCUACAUGGGCAAGAAGUUUGACGCCAAGAUGGCACUUACCCGCCGCUACUUCCCUCACCGGGAGAACGUCGACGGUUUCUACGUCUGCAAGCUGAAGAAGACUGGCCCUACCCCCGUGGCGAAGCCGACUGACGACAAUACCUCUUCUGCUGAUCGUCAUCCUCGUCGUGCUAGCUCCAAGGCUUCCUCCACCGAUGAGGAGGUCAUUGACAAGACCCCCAUUGUUGAUGAAGACGGUGCCGCCAUGAACUUUGAAGGCGGUGCUUUCGGUCCAUUCGCAGAGGGUGACGAGGAUGCGGGGCGCAUUGCUCGCGCUGAACGUAACCGUCUCCGCCGUAAGGGUAUCAACCCCAAGGGUGUUUUGAACAAGCCCAAGAAGAAGAAGGAGGGGGAGCAGGCAUCGCCCAAGUCUGAUGCCAAGACCGAGUCCACCCAGGAGAAGGAGAAAGGAGAGGAGAAGAAGGAGACCGAGGCUAAGCCUGAGGCUGCCAAGAAGUCCUCCAAUCAGGAGAAGAAGACCGUGACGAAGGAGGGCAAGGCAGAGAAGAAAGAGAAGAAGGCCAAGAAGGCAAGCAAAUGA